AUGAUUGGUACCUUUGCCAUCUGACGAUAAAGUUGUUGAGGGAAUGUUUUCCCGUGUGGACAAUGCAGCUGUUCCCGUAUUUAACAGUCGUAGCUCCGGAUGCUACGAAGGGUACCCCGGUUUUCCAGCUAUCCGCCUGGGAUGACUCCGAUCACUCUGCCGAUGGAAUGGAAUACUUUCUAACGGAAGGGGGAGAGGAGAGGUUUGAAGUUGACAGAAGCUCCGGCAUCAUCAGGACCACUGGCUUGCCGCUGGUGAGGAACAACGAGUAUGUGUUGACGGUGCUGGCCGUCGAUAAGUGCGGAAACAAAGGAAAACCCGCCUCCGUUUUCAUCCUGGUGGGCUCCAGGCCCCCGCAGUUCACCAACGUCUCCUACAGCCUGUUUGUUUCUGAAAACACCCCAGCGGGACUGCCAAUUACAGUUGUGGAAGCCAUUUCAUUCCAGAGACGAUCUCUCUCCUACUCGCUGUUGAUAAAUCCCAGCAACAUCUUCACGAUAAACCAACACAAUGGCGAGCUGAGUCUGAUACACAGCAUUGAUUAUGAAAGUGAGCAUCACCUGUACCAUCUACUGGUGCGGGCACUGGAAGCCUCUACUGGUCUCACCAGCGUCACUGAGGUUGUAAUUCACAUCGAUGAUGAGAACGACUGUACUCCAGAAUUCCUGCAUCCCAUCUACAGCUGCAACAACAUUCCUGAAAACAUUCCCAUUGGCACCUCCCUGUUGCAAGUGCUGGCCCAGGACUGCGACGCGGGGCCCAACGCGGAGAUUUCCUACUUCACCCAGGCCGCCGAGUUUGCCGUUACCCCUCAGGGCCUGGUCGUGGUCAAGCAAUGGCUGGACUAUGAGAAAACCAACCACAUGUACGAGUUUGUGGUGGCCGCGGUGGACAGAGGUCAACCCCCUCGGACCGGGACGACGUCCGUGCGGAUACGGAUCUCCAACGUCAACGACCAGAGCCCCGCCUUCUCACAGAACGUAUAUAAGACGUUUCUAUCGGAAGAUGCUGGGCCUAAUAGCCUAGUCGCCACAGUGCAUGCGAAGGAUGCUGAUGGUGACAAUGUUAUCUAUACAAUCACUGGAGGAAACGAAGAGAAAAACUUUGUACUUGACAACCAAAAAGGAAUAAUUAAACUACGGGGGAGCCCGCCGCCGAGACUCCAGGGGCCGCAGUACGUGCUGAACAUCACGGCGACGGACGACAACGCCUCGGGAGGGCCCAGCUCCCUCAGCAGCAGCGCCCGGGUCAUCGUGGGCAUCAACGACGUCAACAACAACAAGCCCCUGUUCACAGAGUGUUUAAAGUACAGUGAAGAUGCUUGUGUCUUGGAGAACCAGCCCGCUGGAACCUUCGUACUUCAAGUCAAGGCUCAUGACGCUGAUCUUGGAGUGAAUGGACAGGUGAAAUAUGGACUUAUGAUUCGAGAAGGAAUUACUCCAGGUUUCCGAGUUAAUCCUGACACUGGAUCCAUUACCACAACCCAGAGCUUUGACAGGGAGCGCCAGCGAGAGUACACCUUGUCAGUAACUGCAACAGACCAGGCCCAGGAGCCACUCAUCGGCAUUUGCCAGCUGACCGUACUCAUAGCCGAUGAAAAUGACAAUGACCCAAAGUUUGAGAAUAGCCGCUACCAAUACUACCUGCGGGAGGACACGCCGGUCGGCAACAGCUUCCUGCGGGCAGCGGCCCAUGACGAUGACCACGGGAGCAAUGCCGUCAUCACCUACUCCAUAUCACGGCAACAACCAGAGUACUUCCAGAUCAGCUCCAGCACCGGCUGGAUCUACGUCAACCACCCCAUCUCCCAGGUAUCACGCAUCAGUCGUCAAAUUAUAGCAACAGACGGAGGUAAUCGAAGCAGCAUUGUGGAACUGAUGGUUAUUAUCACCAAUAUACACAACCAGCCGCCGCAGUGGGAGCAAGACCAAUAUCGGAUAACAAUCCCAGAGAACACCACACGAGACUUGAGGAUUGUGACCGUCAAGGCGACAUCUCCGCUCGACGAUCCCAGAGUUACGUACAAUCUGGAAGAGGGGCAAGUUCCCGAAACAAAUAUGCCGGUCCGAUUCUACCUGAAAACCAACCGAGAAAACGGAUCUGCCUCCAUUUUGGUAGCAGAACCAUUGGACUUCGAAGGGACCAAGUUUUAUACACUUCGUGUCAGGGCUCAGAAUGUGGCUGCUGUCCCGUUGGCUUCAUUCACCACCAUCCACAUCAAUGUGACAGAUGUGAAUGACAACGUCCCCUUCUUCACCUCAUCUACCUAUGAGGCCACGGUGCCGGAAGGGGCGGCAGUGGGCAUGUCGGUCGUGCAGGUCUCAGCGACCGAUCUGGAUUCUGGCCGAAAUGGAAAGGUGAAUUACGCGAUCGUGAAGGACAUCAGUGGCGAUUACCACUACUUCAGCAUCGACUUUGAAACGGGGGUGAUCUUCACACAGAUGUCCUUUGACAGGGAGGUGAAAGGGUCCUACCUAAUAGAGGUCCAGUCUCAGGACAACUCUGAGUCUGCAAGGCCGGGCAAGCAAGGACAGCCCAAUACAGACAUGGCCUAUGUGCGGAUCUUUGUCAGUGAUGUGAACGACAAUGCACCAGCCUUCCCACAGCAGACCUACACUAUAAGUGUGGACGAGGACAAAGACAUUGGCUUUGUGGUUAUCACGGUGUCUGCUAAUGAUGGAGAUGAAGGUGCAAAUGCCAAACUGAGGUAUCAGAUUGCAUCGGGGAAUGUGAAAGGGAUGUUCGAUGUGGAGCCAGAGGUGGGGACAAUCUUUAUAGCUCAGCGGCUAAACUAUGAAGAAGACCAACGUUAUGAACUGCGGCUUGUGGCAUCCGAUGGAAAAUGGGAAAACCAGACUCUGGUGACGGUCAACGUCAUCAACCAGAAUGAUGAGGCACCGGUCUUCACUCAGAAUGAGUAUCACAGCAGCAUCCUAGAAGAGCUACAGGACUUGCCAGUGUUCGUACUGCAGGUUUCAGCGACGGACCCGGACCAAGAGGCGGAUCAGAGCGCAUUGCGAUACUCUCUGCACGGACAAGGGGCGAACAGCGAGUUUGCCAUCGACGAGCUCACGGGCAAGAUCUACACGAGGAAGAGUCUGGACCGUGAAGAGCGAUCCGUAUGGCGCUUCUUGGUCCUCGCCACCGACGAAAGCGGCGACGGCCUCACGGGUUUCUCCGACGCCAUCGUCGAGGUGCGUGAUGUGAACGACAACAGGCCCUCCUUCCUGUGUGCGGUGGAAGGCUGCUUUGUGGGACACGUUCCGGAAAAUUCCCCGGCGGGCACUUCCGUCAUGGAGAUGGCGGCGACGGAUCGGGAUGACCCCAAGGCCGGGCGGAACGCCGUCCUGACGUACAGAAUAAUCCAGAACGUUCGCAACAGAAUCAAUCUCAACUUGUUUUCCAUCAACGCAUUGACCGGCACGGUCUACACCGUGUUGGGCUCUCUGGACAGAGAGAAAGAAGAUACGUACCUGGUGGUGGUGGAAGCUCAAGAUGGAGGCGGGUUGGCGGGAACGGGGACGGCCACCAUUUUGGUCACCGACGUGAACGAUCACGCCCCGGUUUUUACCCGAGACGUCUUCGCGGCAAAGAUCUCGGAAAACACCCGGAUGAACACCGACGUCCUUGUUCUCUCGGCGACCGACCAGGACGAGGGGGACAAUGCCCUGGUGACCUUCAGCAUCGUGGGUGGCGACGACGAUCACAAAUUUCUCAUCGAAACCGACCAACUCGGCAAGCGAGGCGUCAUCAAACUGAGGAAAAGGCUCAACUACGAGAAAUCUAACGAGAGGAGGUUCAACCUAACUGUCAGAGUGGAAGAUCUGGACUUCUUCAGCACGGCCACUUGCAUCGUUGACGUUGAGGAUUACAAUGACCACCCGCCGGUCUUCCGCCCGCAGUUUUACCAAGCUGAUCCGCUGCUGGAAGAUGUCUUCAUUGGCACUAGAGUUGUUCAGGUUACGGCAUCGGACGAGGACUCUGCCCAGAAUGGCCAGUUCUCAUACAGCUUCGCCAACGGUUCGGACGCGCUGGGGCAGUUUGCCGUGGACGGGGACGGUUGGGUUACGGUGGCCGGUGGCCUGGACCGGGAGUCGACGGCGCAGUACCAACUGGUGGUGCUGGCCGUCGACGGGGGAAGCCCCGCUCUCACCGGGAGCGCCACCAUCCGUUUGACGGUGCAAGACGUCAACGACAACGGGCCAGAGUUUGAGGCGCCGUACGCGCCGAUCGUUUGGGAGAACGCGCCCCCACCCCAGGCCGUGCGGCUGAACGAGACCUCGGCCCUGAUGUACGCCAGAGACAAGGACAGCCCGGCGAACGGCGCCCCCUUCUCCUUCACGCUGUUGACCCACCGCGGCAACUCCAGCGGCUUUGCCUUGACGGAUCACGGCAACGGCACCGCGGGCCUGACGGCGCUCCGUCUGUUCGACAGGGAAGAUCAAAAGGUCUUCUACCUGCCGGUGAAGAUCAGCGACAGCGGUUCCCCGCAGAUGAGUUCCACAAGCACCUUAACCAUCACCAUUGGAGACGUCAAUGAUCAUCCCCACUCAGCUGGCUGCAUGGAAUUUCUGGUCUACAGUUACAAUGGUCGACUUGCUACCACCGAGUUAGGCAGGGUGCGAGCUCCGGAUCUGGAUGACUGGGGUGAUAAAAAGUACAUGUUUAUCGGAUCGCUUCCAAGAUAUUUUGCCCUCAAUGAAGAUUCUGGUUGCCUCAGUAUUAUUGAAGGCACGCCCGCUGGAGUUUAUGGCUUUGAGGUCAAAGUUGCAGACGGCACUUGGCCCGAUGUCAUUUCAUCGGUGAAGGUGGUUGUCACAGAUCUGGAGGAAGAUGCCGUAUACAAUGCGGGUUCCCUCAGACUGAAUGGAAUCACAGCUGAAGAGUUUAUCUCCAAGCCUAUCCAAGCCGAAGAAAGUAAAUACUCCAACUUAAGAAGGAUGUUAGCAGAAAUCAUUCCGGCACAACUGGAUAAUAUUGAUAUUUUCAGUGUUGUCAAUGCCGGGGGUCGUGUUGGAGAAGUAGAUGUCUGGUUUGCGGCUCGAGGGCCUCCAUUCUUCAAGGCGGAGAAGUUGAACGGAAAUGUGGCAGCUUUCAGACCCAAGUUGGAACUCGCCUUAAACGUGAGCAUCUCGCAGGUGGGCGUGGACGAGUGUGCGAACGCUGCCUGCGAGCGGGCGACGGGAUGUACCAGCAGCACCGGCUUCAGCCCAGCUCCCACCGUGCUGGAGGCCGGAGAGGUUGUCCUGGUCUCCAUAACAACCUCCACCACCGCCCGGUGCCUCUGCUCAGCCCGCGAAGGCCGGCGAUACGCCUGCUCUUCCUAUUCCAUUAACCCAUGCCUCAAUGGAGGCACUUGUGUGGAUGUUGAUUGGGGUUACAGGUGUCAGUGCAAUCCGAUGUUUGACGGGCCGGAAUGCCAGCAGACAAGAUACACAUUUAAAGGACAUGGUUACGCGUGGUUUCCUCCAAUCAAGGUUUGCUUUAAGAGUUUGAUUUCCCUGGAAUUCCUCACUGAAACCGCCGAUGGGCUUCUACUCUACAAUGGCCCUCUCUCACACCUCCGCUCUGGAGAACCUGCAGACUUCAUUGCAUUAGAGUUGAGGAAUGGAGUUCCCUCUCUCAGCAUUAAUCACGGGACAGGAUCGCUACAUCUCCAGCUGCCGCCCGGUGUCUUUGUUGCCGACCGGCAUUGGCACAGGUUGGACAUAACGAGCGAUGGAAAGAGAGUGAGUAUGAUCCUUGACCAUUGCAACAAUGCUGUUGUGAAUGAGAAGGAAGGCACAGGCAAAGGCUCAUCAGAAAUGGACCGCAACAUGUGUGAAAUUUCUGGGGAAACACCCGGGGAAGCAAGGUUUUUAAAUGUCCAACAACCUCUUCAGCUGGGCGGAAUUAAGAAGUUCCAACCACAUCUUCAUGACCAGCUGGACUUCAGAGGGUUUGCAGGCUGCGUAAGGAACCUAAACGUCGAUAGCAAGGUGUACGACCUGGCGAAUCCCGCAGAGUUCGUGGACAGUGGCCCCGGCUGCGCGGCGACUGACGAAGUCUGUCACAGUGCCGGCACGUAUUCCUGUGGUGUCCACGGAAAAUGUUUAGGAGAAUGGGGAUCGUUCAGCUGUGACUGCAGACCCGGCUACACCGGAUACAAGUGUGAGAAAGCUCUGCCUGAAUGGUCAUUUGGGAAGGACAGCGUGAUUCAGUACCAGCAGAAAGGGGCUCUGAGUGCCCGCAGGACACAGGUGCAGCUGAUGUUCCGUACCCACAGCGCCAACGCUUCCCUCUUCACCCUCAUGUCCAAGGACACCAGCGAAUACAUCAUACUGGAGAUUGCCAGUGGGUAUUUUGGCAUCCGAGUUAACCUCGGUGAUGAGGAGCAUUCACUGAAGGUUCAAACAUUACGUGUGGAUAGUGGACAGUGGACCCUGGCCAACAUGGAGCGCUACGACAAUGAAUUCACGUUGCGUCUCAACAGUGGGGGAGGAGGCCUGGAGGUGACGUCUCCACUGGGAACCCACCGGGAAAUCCUGACGGACGCUCCCAGCCUGGUUUUGGGAAAGAGCCUACACGAGGUUUCGCCCGGUGACUUUCAAGGCUGCAUGAGUGACGUUCGAUUAAAUGGUCAUCUAUUACCAAUGGAUGGAAGGAAUACAAUGUUAACUGCAACUCUUGAUCGAAGGGGUGUAACAAAUGGCUGCCUUUCAAAUGUCUGCAGCAGCAGACCCUGUUCUACCCCCUUUUAUUGUGUAGAUUUGUGGAGAAAAUAUGAGUGCAGGUGUCCAGCGGGCCAGGUGUCAGUGCGGAGUAAUGAUACUGGUCUGGAGGGCUGUACAAUGUCACCUUGUGGGCCAUGGACAUGUCACAACGGAGGCACAUGCGCCACCCAAACAGCCCAGCAGUUUGCCUGCCGCUGUGCAGAAGGAUACAGAGGGCAGCGUUGUGAGACCAGCAUGGUGACAUUGGGAAUCCCAGCAGGGCUGAACAUCACCUCCAUCUUGUCCAUCAGCAUCUGCCUCAUCCUCUUAAUAGUUCUGGCGAUCGGCGUCAGCGUCUGGGGUGCGUGUGGAAAAGCCAAGUUCCAGAAAGGAGGAGUUUACCACAUUCCUGUCGAGCGAGAGAGCUGGGAGGAUGUACGGGAAAACAUCCUCAACUACGACGAGGAAGGAGGCGGAGAGCAGGACCAGAACGGCUACGACAUCAGUGAACUGAAGAAACCUUUGCGUGCGAGUCUGAGUCAGUCCUCGUCCACAACAAGUGCCGCUCAGGUGAGAGGCUCCACUGAUUCUCCGGAAGAGACGCUGCUCAACAAGAGGACUCACCCAAACGUGAUUUUUUCGGAACCCCUGCAAUCUGGCGGCCCGGACUUCAAGAACUACGUGUCGCAGAUUAUCUGGGACGCAGACCACGACCUGAGGGCCCUUCCGGAGGACACGGUCCACAUUUACUGCUUCGAGGGGCGGGGGUCGCCCGCGGGGAGCCUGAGCACGGUGGGCACGUUGAACGCAGACGAGGACUUGAGCCCCGACUAUCUCAGCAACUGGGGCGCCAAGUUCGACAGACUGAAGGAUUUCUGCGCUCAGAAACAGAACGAUGGCCUGCAGAAAUAGAAAGGGCCCGCAAAAUCGUGUUGAAAAUCCUAAAUGAGAAAUUAUUGGCAAGAUCAUUUAGCGAUCAUCUCGCUCACUUUCCAGAUGUUUGUUUAAAUAAUCAAAGACGUUGAGAAUCAAAACAAACCCGGAAAUUAAUUUUGAUAACUCAUUACUCAUGCCUACCAACUUCCACCCUGUUCUCACCUUCACGGGGUAAAGAUCAAUCAAAAUAUAUAAAUGACAAUGUGAUCCAGUUUGAUAAAAAUGCUGGAGAAACUCAGCGGGUGAGGCAGCAUCUGUGGAGCGAAGGAAAUAGGUGACGUUUCGGGUCGAGAACCUUCUGAUCAAAGAUAAAUGCAGUUUCCCUUUUUAAUUAAAAAAAAAGAAGCACCUUAUUUAUUAUAAACAAAGAUCAUAAUGGACUAUCAAAGAAGGCUAAAAUAGACCAAGAUAAACUGCUAAAUCCAAUGGACUGACGUGGAUUAAAUUGCAAGAGGCAUAAUGGAGGUCAGGGUCUUAUUCCUAAAAUGGCGGAAGUGACGUACCGUUGCGUA